UCCAGUUCCGCUUCCGACGGCUUCGCUGUUGUACUCUCAGGGUCGCCAUGGGCAAGUCAGAUUUUCUGAGCCCCAAGGCCAUCGCGAAUAGAAUUAAGUCUAAAGGGCUGCAGAAGCUUCGCUGGUACUGCCAGAUGUGCCAAAAACAAUGCCGCGACGAGAAUGGUUUCAAGUGUCACUGUAUGUCCGAGUCUCAUCAAAGACAGCUGUUGCUGGCUUCAGAAAAUCCUCAGCAGUUUAUGGAUUAUUUUUCAGAGGAAUUCCGAAAUGACUUUCUGGAACUUCUGAGAAGACGCUUUGGCACUAAGAGAGUCCACAACAACAUUGUCUACAAUGAAUACAUCAGCCACCGAGAGCACAUCCACAUGAACGCCACUCAGUGGGAGACGCUGACUGACUUUACCAAGUGGCUGGGCAGAGAGGGCUUGUGUAAAGUGGAUGAGACACCAAAAGGCUGGUACAUUCAGUACAUAGACAGAGACCCAGAAACUAUACGUCGGCAACUGGAAUUAGAAAAAAAGAAGAAGCAAGAUCUUGACGAUGAAGAAAAAACUGCCAAAUUCAUUGAGGAGCAGGUGAGAAGAGGCCUAGAAGGGAAAGAGCAGGAGACGCCUGUCUUUACAGAGUUAAGUCGAGAAAAUGAUGAAGAAAAGGUCACGUUCAAUCUGAAUAAAGGAGCGGGUAGCUCAGCGGGAGCAACAACGUCCAAGUCAAGCUCGCUGGGACCGAGCGCACUGAAGAUGCUGGGGAGCACAGCAUCCGUGAGGCGGAAAGAGUCUUCACAGAGCUCAGCUCAGCCUGCGAAGAAGAAGAAGAAGUCUGCCCUGGAUGAGAUCAUGGAGAUUGAGGAGGAAAAGAAAAGGACCGCACGGACAGACUCCUGGUUACAGCCUGGGAUCAUUGUGAAAAUUAUAACGAAGAAGCUUGGGGAGAAAUACCACAAGAAGAAAGGGGUCGUUAAGGAAGUGAUUGACAGAUACACAGCUGUGGUAAAGAUGACUGACUCCGGAGACAGGCUGAAACUGGACCAGACUCAUUUAGAGACAGUCAUUCCAGCCCCAGGGAAAAGAGUUCUAGUUUUAAACGGAGGCUACAGAGGAAAUGAAGGCACCCUCGAGUCCAUCAAUGAAAAGACUUUUUCAGCCACGAUAGUCAUUGAAACGGGACCUUUGAAAGGGCGCAGACUUGAAGGUAUUCAGUAUGAAGACAUAUCUAAACUUGCUUGAGUUUGACAAUUUGUUAAUAACACAUUGAAAUUGUAAAGCAUCAAAUUGAUGUUAGCCACGGCACUGUGUAACUCUACUGUGUUAGGGGAUUUGUUUAUAAAGAAAGUCAUCUAUUUAAAUACCACUGGAUAGCUGUUUGGGUAAAUUUAUAAUAAAAUCUAAUUUUUUUU